AUGGAACAGGAUUAUAAUGAUAGCACAGAUGAUCUUCAUCGUGAACUUGAUAUGCUUGAAACGAGAACUGGACUCUCUGACAAAGAAGCGGAAGAAAGAUUUAUAUUGUGGUAUGAGGAUAUAUGCAAGGAACGUUUGGAAAUGCUUAACUUGGAGGAAGAGUACAAACGUAAGAUCGAGGAACUAGAAAUAUCGGAGGAUGGUUACAGAAAGCGCAUUAAGGAGUUAGAAAAUGGUACUAUUUCUUUACUUAAAACAUUUGAGGAAUCACAGUCGGAAAUAGAAGGGUUGCGGGAUAAAUACGAAAGAAAUGGAAGUGACGUUGAUAUUUAUAACGAACCUUAUGAUAUAGUUUCUAAAGAGAGAAAUAGACUUAAAGAAGAGGAUAUUCGGAAUAAAGAGAAAAUAAGAAAAUUAACAGAUGAGAAUAAAGAGCUAAGAAUUUAUGAAAAUAAUAGAGAAAGUAAUCGAAAUAUAAAGAAAGAAGUAAAGACGUAUAAGGAUCGGAUUAAAAGGUUGGAAGAUGAAGUUAAAAUGUUAAGACAUUAUGUAAAAGAUGUAGAUUGUUUUCGAAAUGUCAAAACAGAUAAAGUAAAAUACAAAGACCCAUUAGACAAGCUGGUGGUCAUAACCAGUUCUGAGAGACUUAAAACUCUCGAAAGUGAAAAUGCAAGGCUUAAAACUUUACUAGAUAAAUUAAAAAAUAAAAACAAAUGGCUUAUUUCUAAGUUGGAGGUUUUAGAAACACAAGUACAAGCCAGAGACCCGGAGAUAGCUAAAACAUCUACUUGUGUAAAGUCCAAAACAGAAACAAUAGUGAUAAAUAAGAAAAGUAUUCCAACUUUUCUCCCAAAGAUUGAGAGUGAUUCUUUUGUUCAUGUGACAGAGAAAAAGCGUUCGGGGUUCAUUUCAUCAUUUUCAAAAGAGUCGCCAGAGAUUCCAUUUUUAAGAUACGGUCUCGGGUACAGAGAAUUGUACAAGCGUAUGUUGAAAAGGCAGCAAUCAAAAGAUAAGGAUAUGCAAUCUCUGUCAUCCAGUCAUUUGGAAAGUCUUUCAAAAUAUAUAGUUUGA